ACGCUAAAUAGAAUGCAUUUGAUAUUACCUUUAAUAGUAUGACAUCAACGGUUGUUUACAAAUUAAACCUUGAAGUACAUUGGAUUGACCGUAAUGUUCAAAUGCCAGAAUCACAAUGUUGUCUUCUUUGUCAGUCAUAGAAUCUGCCGAUAUGUUGAAGCGCUAUCUAAUGGCGUGCUUGGCUGGGGGUGUCUUGUUCAUCAUCUAUCUUCUGUUGAAGACCAGCUCCUUUGCAAUCGGGAGUGUGCCUAAAGCUGUAGUUACAAGAACUGAGGAUUCCAACGUCAUGUCUAAAACAGGAAGUCUAUUUGACGAGCCGGCAACUACUACUACUGAAGUUGAUAUCAACCUAUACAGCAUACGAAAUCCACAUUUAGGUCCACUUUUCAACAUAUCCCACGACAACAUUAUAAACUUUAAACAUUAUCCAUACUGGAACUCCUCUUUCACCUUUAGGCAAAACUCAAACUGGAAAAACUCUACUUGCACUGAAUCACUACAGAAGAAAGCCUUUACGUCUAAAGACUUCGGACAGAUCUUUCGACCUGAUAUUCAGAUGUUGAUAAAUAGCGAUUUGUUUGAUGUUAAUGAAUACCGGCGGCUGAAACGAUGGACAAUACCCUAUGGAUACGAGUAUAGGGGCCGGAGCAUAAUGUAUGAGGAGGUCGGUGAUACACUGAAAAUGUUUCCUUCGGAGGACUCCAUCUUUAAGGUCAGCAGGGAGGGACAGACAGAUUGUAUCUCAUGCGCCGUGGUUGGAAACGGCGGCAUCUUAAAUGGCUCCCGGAUGGGCAAGGAGAUCGACGAGCACGACUUUGUAUUCAGGGUAAACCAGGCAUACACGAGAGGCUAUGAAGACGACGUGGGCAGCAGAACAACUCACUUUGUGUUCUUCGAUCGUUCCCUGACUUUAAUGAAGCUAGAACACUAUCCUGUUGGCCAGAACAUCACUUAUAUAUUCGUGCCAUGCCGGGAGGCAGACUAUUCAUAUCUUAGGACAAUAGGAAACGGUACCAACGUGUUCAAGGCGCCUCCAGAAAACGUGCGAGUCAUCCACCCUGACUUCAUGAGAUACGUGCAUUUUGUGUGGAUGAGGGUGGAUUCAUUCCGACCAACAACUGGUGGCAUCAUGACCAUGGUAGCCCUGCAUGCCUGUGAUAAGCUCAGCCUGUACGGAAUGGGCUACAAUUACAAGUACAGCAACCACUACUUUGACACGAGGUACCAGGAGUUCCUACCUGUGCUCCUGAGUCACGAUCAUACGCGGGAGAUCAAGUUGUGGGACACCCUGGACAAGGAAGGAAUAGUGUACUGGUACAGAAGGGACGUUUUCUAAAUAAUGUUAUUGUGGACAUGUUUCUAAGGGCCCCUUUCCAUUAGGACGGCGACCGUGCUGCGCUCUCACUGCGACCUAAAAAGGAUAUAUGUAACCUUCACUUUCACGCUGGUUAUAUUAUACGAAACAUUAAAGUGUGAUUGGGAAGACAACAAAACACACAAAGUGUAAGAAUAUUCGUUUCUUUUCGAUACAAUUCGUUGAGCGAUAUGUCAAAAUUUAGGUUGCAGAGAGCACGCUACGAGAGCACCGUCCUAAUAAUAUAAUGGAAGGGGGUGUAACAAUGGGUUUGGGAGCAACAGUGUUUGUUGUCCUUCCUGCUCUCCCUUUCAAGGCCUUUGC